AUGUCUCUUCCUAUCAAUGCCACAAAUGUAGUAAUAGUCCCAUUCCCUCCAUCUAUUAGUGUAGAUGAAAUCAUACAAAUGCAUUUAAAAAAUGGCAUUAAGAAUGUUAAUGAAACAAUGAAUGCAUUCAUGAUUUAUCGUAACGAAUUUAAUCACAUUCACCAAAACUUUAACCUUUCAUGUAAAAAUGUGUCAAAAUUAGCAAGUAAAUCUUGGAAAAAUGAGUCAGAAUAUGUUAAAGACUAUUACAAACAGAUAUCUAAAGAGGUUAAGAAACGCUUUAAAGAAAUCGUCCCUACUCCUUGUUUCAUUAACAAAUUUGGAACAAGCAACCAAGUUGAUACAAAUAAUGUUUCUCUAGAAACCAAUCCUCCUAUGGACAAAAACUCACCAGACACUAUUUAUUCUAGUCACCAAUUUGUUAAUAUGGGUCCUAUGAACCAGAUCUCUCCAGAAAUUACCUGUCAAAAUUCUCUACUUAUGAAUACAGAACAAAACUCUUUAGGCUAUAAUUCUCCACCUUCAAAUUCACCUGAUGCUAUUUAUUCUAGUCACCCAGAUGCUACCUACUCUAAUUCUCCUGUGGAACAAUACCCUCUAGAAAUCACUUUCAUUGAUACUUCGAAAAUGGACCAAAUCUCUCCAAGCAUUAACUACACCACCUAUGUUAAUUCUCCACCUUCAAACUCUCUCAGCACUAUUUAUUCUGGUCACCAAUUUAUGAAUAUGGGUCAAAAUUCUCCAGAUAUUACCUACUCUAAUCUUCCUGUGGACCAAUACCCUCUUGAAUUUACUUUCCCUGAUCCUUCGAAUAUAGAUCAAAUCUCUCCAGCCAUCGGAUGUUAUAAUUCUCUACUUACGAAUGCGGAGAAAAACUCUCCAGAUACUAUCAGCUAUAAUUCUACGUUUUUGAGUAUAGAUAGAUGA